UAUCCCCUCCCGCAAGAUAGAUCUUUUUUGUAUGGUCAUCAGCUGAUCAAAAUUCAACACGUUGGUUCUGCUUGCUUGCAGACGUUUCCCAUACCGGCAUAACCUAUAAACUCCGAAAUGGCUGAAGAUAAACAUACCGAAAUAAAGAAAUCACAACCAAUUUUUCGAGAAUUAAAUGCUGAUGAUCCCGAACCAGAAGCUACUGUCAUCGAGAGUUUAUGUAUGAAUUGUGGAAAAAAUGGAGUAACAAGAAUAUUUCUUACGAAAAUUCCUUUUUACAAAGAUGUUAUGAUAAUGUCUUUUGAAUGUGAGGAUUGCGGAUAUCAAAAUAAUGAGAUACAAAAUGCAGGGAAGAUCGAAGAUAAAGGAGUCAAAAUAGUUUUACAAAUGAAAUCUAAAUCAGACAUUAAUCGGCAAGUUGUAAAAUCUGAUUACACUAGUGUUUCUAUACCACAUUUGGAAUUUGAAAUACCUUCACAAUCUCAAAAAGGAGAGGUGACAACCAUAGAAGGAAUCAUCAAUCGAAGUAUUACUGGAUUAGAACAAGAUCAAAAUCGGAGGAGAAAAGAAAAUCCAGAAGCUGCUGAACAAAUUGAUCAGUUUAUAAAUAAGUUGAAAGCUUUAAAAGAAGUUGCAGAACCUUAUACUAUUAUAUUUGAAGAUAUAUCUGGCAACACUAAUGUUCAAAAUCCAAAAGCACCACAAAAAGACGAUGGUUGCGAGGUUCAUUAUUUUAAGAGAACAACUCAGCACAAUCACACUUUGGGUAUAUACAUUGAAAAUGAAGAAACAAUUUUACAACCUAUCAAUGAAGAAGAAUACACUCUAGAGGAAAUUGAAGGAGAAGUCAUGACAUUUCCAACAAACUGUCCAGAGUGUAAUAGUCCUUGUCAAACAAACAUGAAAAUGACCAAAAUCCCCUACUUCAAAGAAGUGGUAAUUAUGGCAACAGUUUGUGAUACUUGUGGUCACAAAACAAAUGAAGUUAAAAGUGGCAGUGGUAUAGAACCCCAUGGUGUAAAGAUAGAAGUAAAAGUGACUGGCAAGGAAGACUUUAGUAGGGAUUUGUUAAAAUCUGAAACUUGUCAUAUGAAUAUACCUGAGCUAGAUUUGGAAGUUGGACCUACCACUUUGGGUGGUCGUUUUAGUACUGUUGAAGGCAUAAUAUCUGCCAUGAAAGAUCAGUUAUCCACAUCCACUGCAUUGACAGGAGACAGUGCUGAUCCAGAAAUUGCAAAGAGGAUGGACAAUUUUAUCAGUCAACUCGACGAAGUUUUGCAAGGAAAAAAACAAGUAACUUUGGUUCUUGACGACCCAGCAGGUAAUAGUUACAUACAAAGUUUAGCAGAUAAUGGAACCGACGAUAGAUUGAAAAUUACGAAAUAUACGAGAACUUUCGAACAAAACGAUGAACUUGGAAUUAAUGACAUGAAAGUUGAAAAUUAUUAAUGUUAAUGUUUCAAAUUAUCACGAUGUUUUUAUAAAGUUUUUUAAUCACCUGUAUAUAAAAUUCUUACUGAUUUAUA